AUGGACCCCAGAAUCUCCUUCUCCUAUGAUUUUGUGGUUUCCCAACAAGCAAUCAAGCAUGAAAAUAUAUACAGAGAAGAUCCUGUCUCAUCGGAUUUUGAAUUCUCUGUCAAGAACAAUUCUAUGAUAUCAGCAGAUGAAGUGUUUUACCAGGGCAUGCUGAUGCCUCUGAAGAGUGACUGUUCCAAGAAGGUGACUUUGAGGGAUGAGUUGCUUGCUAAUGACGACUACGAAGAGGAGUUACCAAGAUUACCAAAGAGUUCAAGCCGGUGGAAGGAACGAUUAGGCCUCAAGAGGGUUACAUCUAAGAAAGAUAAGAACAAGAAUGAUGGGUUUCAGCAGAGAGAUGCCAAUGAAAAAGUGUUUACUUCUGGACAAGGAGACAAGACUGUUAGCUGA